AUGUUUCGCCUGUCAUGCCUUCGGAUGCGCGCAGCGGCGGCGGCUGCCCCUGGCUUGGCGGCCUUCCAUAUUAGGGGUGAUGGGCAGCGCGCGCCUGUGCAUUGCACCGGUGAUGCGCCUCAGUUUCGGUCUGAGAUUCGCGCGUCUUGGGACGCAGUCGACGACCAUUUCCAGAUCCGAGACAUAUUCGGCAGCGCCGCUGCCGAUGUCAUCAUGCGACAUGCAGCGCGCGCUUCCCAUCGCGAGUUCCCAUUCGGCGCGUCGCUCAUGGCCCAGCUGAUGGCGUGCCCCAACGGCGCUCGCACGCAGAUCUUCCCUGGCUCAUUGAGCCCGCUCGCGCUGCCGAUCUUCAACAUGAACUACCCCCAGACGCGCAAGAGCUCCGGCUUCAGCACGGGCAACAAGGUCGCCAGCGCCAUGGAUGAGGCGGCGCUGGAGGAAGCAAAACGGAUGGUUGCGACUGCCCGUGACGUGGCGAUCCCUGACAUCCCUCCCGUUCGCGUCAACUCGAACACUCUCACCACCUUCACCGAGGCUGCGUUUUCCCAGCGGCGCGGCGGGGAUUGGGACCAAAUUUACCACCGGCUGGUCAACGUGGAUGAGAUCUACAAGUACCUGAAAUUGGUUGGCUGCGUAUCCUCUGGCGCGAGUGGGAAGUCGGACGCCGCGGCCGGGUCCGUCACUGAUGCCGCGAGCGAGGUGGGCAAAUUGUUCCAGACCGGAACUGCGCCACUGGCAACCAGGACAGCUGGGGCGUUUGGCCGGGGAGACGCCCCAACCAUAUCUCUGGGCGUGACGGGCAACGGCCACCCGGCUAUCAUGAUUCCCAUGCUGCGGGGAGAGCACGGCUCCGACAUUGCCGCGUGCUGCUGCCGCCACAUCAUCGCGACGGGGGCCCCGGUCGAGCCGCGCCAAUUGUUGCCGCGGAGUUCGCUGUUGCCCGCGCACGUGAGGAGGUGGGUGUGGCCGCAACUCCUCGACGUGAUGGUCGAACCGCUUGAGCUGCCCGACGGCGUCGCGAAGAUGGACGUUGCCCAGCGCGCGCUGCAGCUCGUCCGCUCUGGCCCCGCUGACGCUGAGGACUCCAAUGGCGAGGGGGAAGACGACGGCGCCUUCGCGCCCAACGCAGGCGGCUACCGCAUCACGCUCGCGGGCGGCACGGCCACUCGCCCCCGCUUUAAGAAGCAGACGCCACUCGGCCCCGACGCGCCCGCGUGGGUGCCCAAGAUCCGCGCAGCGAACCGCGACGCCCCCAUCCCAGCUGACCAAGAGUUGCGAUCGCUGGCCAAGCGCGUCCUCGAGUACUUCAGGGAGCCGCACACGGAGGUCCCCUGGAAGCCGGCUGCCCACUUGACGUUCAAGAGGUCCCAGGCCGUCUUCGAUGCGCAGGCCGCCAAAGCGCGGGACAGCGACGCUGCCGGCGCGGUGGGGGAGGCGGCCCGGCUCGGGGCCGCCCCCUGGCACUUGGGGAUGUUGACGGUUGCCCUGCUCGUUCUCGAGAUUGCCGUCGAGGUUGUCGACGCGCCCGCCGCUGCCGGCGGCGCCGCCGCCGCUGCCGGCGGCGCCGUCGAUGCGCUGCUGCCGCAGGCCCUGGCCCAGAGGCACGUGGAGGUCAGCCACUGCGCUCGCGCGCAUGACCCCCUCAGGCUUUUCCAUCGCCUCUUUGACGACGGGCGCGCCAACCCCGACCGCAGGGGGCCCCGGAUUACGCUCGAGCUCCCCCCCGCGCAGGACGAGGAGGCCGUUCGUGCCUGCCACGAACGCCUGAUGGGCCUCUGCGGCAUCGGCUACACGUCGCUGUGCGAAGCCAUCCGCAAGAGGAGCCAGCGCAAGGCCGCGGAGCCGAGGGCGCUGGCCCAGCGGUUGGCUUUCCCGAACAUCAAGUAUGUCAUCGACCAUCUGCAUACUCGUAGGCACGUGGACGUGGACCCCUGGUGCCUUGAGAACUGCGUGGCCGGCGCCGAGUGCAACCAAGCUCUUCUCGAGGGAGUCAACGCGUCCGUGCGCGAGCAGAUCUUCAGCCGCCUUGGCCAGCAUAAGUUCGCCAUCCGCUGGAUGGACCGCCUGACUUCCGUUAUGUUUUUGCACGAAAUGGCGGAAGUGCGCAACCGGCGUUGGCUGGCCAAGAACUAG